GCUGAUAUCAUCACCGGAAACAACAACUACUGACACUGAUAAUAUCAUUAUAGUUGACGAAGUACAAUUACCACCACCAAAUUACGGAACUUCAACAACUCCUCAGUUAACAUCACCAUCAUCUAUGUUAUUAAAUGAUCCAACAGAUCGUCAGCUUUACGAUUCAAUGGUUUUAAAUUUCAUGCGUGACCAUAAUAAUGACGAUGAAAAUAUUAUGAGUUUCGAAAAAGCUUAUGAUGGUCGUGCCAAAAGCACAACAAAUGAAUCUACUUUGGAGGCAGCAAUAGAAAGUCUUGCCAAUUAUGAUAAUAAUAAAAUCAAAUUUUUCAAGGAAUUUGUCCCAAUUUUUGAAGAAUUUAAGGAGAAACAAAAAGAUAUUGUUUACUCCUGUACAAAAGACGAUAUAAUGGAUAUAAGAGGUUGUAGUGAUUUCGCAAAUUAUUUAACUGUUGAACAAUACAAAAAACUUUUAUCCGUUAGACCUAAAAAACAAGCAGUUUUACCAAAAAGUUGGGUAUCGGCUAUAAAUGAUUAUUAUACGAACUUUCAAAACGAUGUGAAAAAAUCGCUUAUAGAUUGGAGUAAUUUAACCGACGAUUUGAUUACGUCAACAGAUGAAGAUACUGGAACAAGACAAAUUAAAAAAUAUCUAUACGAAGUUAUGUCACCUCUAAUUAAAUCGUUCACUAAACCUAUUCCACCUAUCACUGCAACAAACACCAGUGAGCACCACUACUGGUCUGAGUUCGCCCAUAGAUUCUUUUCCAGAGCAUUGGAGGAUUUCGUGGGACUCGAUUGGCGCGUCAUAGAGGUUCCAGUGUUUGCAUCCAAAUACAGAAAAAAUUAUGGGCUUGACCAUACUACACAGACUGUAGUUGAGGGUAAAUCAGCUGAUUUGUUAGCCUGGACCUGGGAGACAGGAGAAGAAAUAUUUGUUGGAGAACAAGCAGGACCACCCACAAAGCCAGAUCUUACGAAAUUAGCUACAGAUUCCUUCAAGUUGUACCGAGAACUUCGAGAUUGUUUAAACGUCCGUAUUUUACGUAGAAUGGAAGUUGGAAAUAUCAACUACAAUGAUUGUGUUGUAUUUGGUAUAUUAGGAUAUUUAUUUGAAAUAAAGAUGGUACUGAUGUGGAAGGAUGGGGUAUACGUGUAUGAAGAAUUUGGAUCCUUCACAAUUCCAUCUAAUUAUAACCAAAUUCAUACCAUGAAAGCAGGAGUUUUAAGACUACUAGAAUUUAUUUUAACUGUGAAAGAGGAAGUUACAAAAAAAGAAGUCGUUGAAUGUAAUAAUGAUACGGUACAAGUGUUGAAGAGAAAAUAUAGAGAGAUCGUCCAGACAACACCUUCGCCGAAAAAAAGCAAAAAAAAUAAUUAA